CUCUUUUUAUUGUACAUUUUCAAGGCGCGUCAAGAGAUUCAACAGUAGCCGUUAGAGGAUCGAAUGGAGGAAUACAAAUUAGCUAAUAUGGCCUGAAUUGUUAUUAGCUUCUUCUUUCUACUACCAUGGGCGCCUCUGGAGCAGCUAGAUCUUCUCUUAUAAAAAGGACAUUGCUUGCCUAUAUGUAGUUAGAGUUUUGCAAUUACUGCAAUCUUUUGUAAUUGCAAACAAACUUCAAAAUUUGAAUAAACGUAAAAAUCCUUAAACUCUACCCCAACAAAAACCCCUUGUGCUCUUUGUCCUCUCCUUUUCUUUUUCAAAUUCUAAUUGAUAGCUUUAACGAACAAAUCAUGUCUUGUGUUACCUUCAACUUGGGGCCUUCUCUUAAACUAAAUACACAGAGCACUAGUUCUUUUCGAUUAUCUAACAGUUUACCAUGUUUACAUGGCAACUCUUCUUUUUCUCCUUCAUCGUUGUUCUUUUUGCAAUCAUUGAGUUUUUGUCACGGCAGAAAUCCUUAUUAUCGCCAUGUAAUCAAGGGGUCAAGGUCGUUUUCCGCUGUGUUCAAGUGUGAUGCCGCGCAGUCACUUUUAAUUGAUCCCCAUGAAAAUGGUGCUUCUGAAGAGAGGGUUGUUGUGUUGGUUAUUGGUGGAGGGGGAAGAGAACAUGCACUUUGCUAUGCCUUGCAACGAUCUCCAUUGUGUGAUGCUGUCUUCUGUGCCCCUGGUAAUGCGGGGAUUUCUAACUCUGGGAAUGCUACUUGUAUUCCAGACCUCGACAUCUCAGAUAGCUCUGCUGUGAUCUCCUUUUGCCACAAAUGGAGUGUAGGAUUGGUUGUUGUUGGACCAGAGGCACCUCUGGUUGCUGGCCUUGUAAAUGAUCUAGUCAAGGCUGGAAUUCCCACUUUUGGUCCAUCUGCAGAGGCUGCAGCUUUGGAAGGUUCAAAGAAUUUUAUGAAAAGCUUGUGUGACAAAUAUCAAAUUCCAACUGCGAAGUACCAAACAUUUUCAGAUCCAUUUGCUGCAAAGAAAUAUAUCCAAGACCAAGGAGCUCCUAUAGUUAUAAAAGCUGAUGGCUUGGCUGCUGGAAAAGGAGUUGUUGUUGCUAUGACACUGGAAGAGGCGUACGAAGCUGUUGACUCGAUGCUUGUGAAAGGUGUUUUUGGUUCUGCAGGUUGCCGUGUUAUUGUUGAGGAAUUUUUGGAAGGAGAAGAAGCAUCUUUCUUUGCUCUGGUGGAUGGAGAGACUGCUAUUCCUUUAGAAUCUGCUCAGGACCAUAAGCGUGUUGGGGAUGGUGAUACAGGGCCAAACACUGGUGGGAUGGGGGCAUACUCCCCAGCUCCUGUAUUAACGAAAGAACUUCAGUCAGCAGUUAUGGAAACUAUAAUUCUUCCAACAGUGAAAGGAAUGGCAGCAGAGGGUUGCAAGUUUGUCGGAGUCUUAUAUGCAGGGUUGAUGAUUGAGAAGAAGUCUGGCUUACCUAAGCUUAUUGAGUACAAUGUGCGGUUUGGAGAUCCGGAGUGCCAGGUGCUAAUGGUUCGUCUGGAAUCUGAUCUGGCACAAGUUCUACUUGCAGCUUGUAGAGGAGAGUUAAGUGGAGUAUCACUAAACUGGUCCCCAGGGUCUGCCAUGGUAGUGGUACUGGCAAGUAAGGGUUAUCCUGGACCCUAUGAGAAAGGGACUGUGAUUGGAAACCUUGAAGAAGCUGAAAACGUUGCUCCAACUGUAAAAAUAUUUCAUGCUGGAACAGCUUUGGAUGCAAAUGGUAAUUUCAUUGCUAUUGGAGGCCGUGUUCUUGGGAUUACUGCCAAGGGAAGAGACCUUCAAGAGGCAAGAGAUAGAGCCUAUCAGGCAGUUGAGGAAAUAAAUUGGCCAGGAGGGUUCUACCGGCAGGACAUCGGGUGGAGAGCACUUCCCCAGAAGCAAUUUGCUACAACAAAAUGAAUUAAAUGCUUAGGUAAUGGAUGUUGCCCAUUUCAGAAUAUAGAUGUUCUAUAUUGUAGUGUCUUUUAUGCAUGAAAGAUAAAUAUGGUGAAAUGAUCCAUAUGAGGCAGGCCGUCAUAAGAGUCUGAAAGAAAAAUAGCCCUUGGGACAUUUCUUCAAUUUUUCUUCAUGGAGGGUUUACACCGAAUAAAAGUUUAAACUUCCAUGUUUUCCCACCAUUAAAGAUUAGCAAAUUUGCAUCAGGUUACACAUGACAACUCCACCUUCCAACUUUCAUAUGAUUCUCAUUGAAAAGUCAGUUGUAUAAUUGCAUUUGCAUGAGAUGCUCGCUAAAAUUACCA